UGCAAGACUGAGUCCGAAAUUCUAGGCGAGAAGAGACCAUACUUGUGCGGAUAAGAUUUCCGUUGUCUACGACGACCGGAUACCACCAAUUCUCUUCUCGUUCUUCUUGUCGAAAAUGACGAAUUGAUUGGACAAAGGCAUUUGUCCAUACACGACGAGAGAUAACCACCGAAUACAAAAACAAAUCAUCAUGUCGUUACGGACUUUGGAACCGAGUAGUCUUUAUGGAUUGGUUGAUAUGGGAAGUAACGGUAUACGUUUCUCCAUCACCAAUCUAGAUUCCUCGACAGCUCGAUGUCUACCUACCAUCUACACUGAUCGUGAAGGUAUAUCACUCUACGACGCACAAUAUUCGAGGGGAGGUUCCAAAGGUCCGAUCCCUCCGGAAGUGAUCGACGACGUGGUUCGGUCGUUACUUAAAUUCAAAACCGUCUGUGCCGAUUUUGCCGUACCCGAAACGAACAUUCGUAUCCUCGCUACAGAGGCGACUAGGAACGCCGUCAACAGUGAGGAUUUCCGACGACAGAUCAAAGAUGCCACGGGUUGGGAGGUGGACAUGUUGCCCAAGGAGGCCGAAGGAAAAAUAGGAGCGAUGGGUGUGGCUAGUAGUUUUAGUGAGGUCGAAGGGUUGGUGAUGGAUUUGGGUGGAGGAAGUACACAAAUAACGUGGAUGGUCUCUCGAAACGGUACCGUCGAGACAAGUCCCCAGGGCAGUAUAAGUUUCCCGUACGGUGCCGCUGCCAUGACACGACUACUCUCCGAAAUCUCACAAUCCAAACAAAACACGAGCGGUUCAACGUCACCCCUGAACCUAUCUCUGAACAGCCUAAACCUGUUCAAAUUCAAAUCAUCUCCUACUUCGUCCGCCUCCGCCUCCGAACCAUCACUUCCGAACUCAAAAGAAGAUCUUGAACAAACAAUGAUAUCCCAAUUUCGACAAGCUUACGCAGAUCUGUACGCCGACAUGCCCGAAACGCUCCGUUACAAGGCCAAGCACGGCGGCCUGACACUGUACCUAUCCGGUGGCGGGUUCCGAGGAUGGGGCUACUUACUCAUGAGCCAACAUAAAGUCAGUCCAUAUCCUAUCCCGAUCAUCAAUGGCUUCAGUGUAAGAAAGCGGGAAUUCCAACAAACCCGGGAGAUCAGUGUCGUCGCAGCGGAAGAGAGUGUGUUUCGGAUAAGUAAGCGACGAGCGGCACAGGUUCCGGCCGUUGCUCUUUUGGUGAAUGUGCUUGUCGAGGCAGUACCGGUGGUUUCGAAUGUGAGGUUCUGCCAAGGUGGUGUGAGGGAAGGGUUCCUAUUUGAUACGCUGAGUCGGGAUAUUCGGGCCCAGGAUCCUCUUGUAGCUGCAACACAGCAGUUCGCAGGUCCAAACGCAGAGGAGAUUGGAGACAUGCUCUUCAACGCCAUACCGGGGGAGAAUAACCUGGACAGAGAAGUCCCAAGGACAAUUGGACGUGCAUUGGCCCGGGCAGUUGCGGAUCUGAUGUUUCUAGGGACUAUCAUCGGGAACAAGGAGUCCAGAGGCAUGGGUGCACUGUGUUUACCUAUCACGGGUGUGCUGUCUGGCGCUCAUGGCUUGAGUCAUAGUCAGAGAGCUGUUCUGUCUCUGGCUCUAUGCGCGAGAUGGGGAGGAGAUUUACCGCCUCCGUAUGAUGAUCUGGAGAGACGGUUGAAGGGGUUAUUGAAGAAUCAAGAGAUUUGGUGGGCGACGUAUCUAGGACGAGUCGCAGCUUUGGUCGGGAGUCUAUAUCCUGCUGGACGGAUUGGUGCGAAAAGAAGGUUGAAACUGAAGGCGUAUUGGGCUGACGGGUUGGGUAAGAAGGGCCUGGCUCAAGGGGUGGUACUGGAAGUCAAGUGUCUGAAAGACGAUGUCUUGACAGAGCCAGCGAUUCUGAAUCCUAUGAUUGACGAGAUUGAAAAGUUGGGAAAGAAGAAGAACAAGGCUGGUGGGGAGCAUGGGUUUGGUGUUCCUGUUGAUAUCAGGGUUGAGAGGGUGUUGUCGGUGACUUCAGUUUAGUCAAUAAUGGUAAUGAAUGAAAUGGGAAGGGAGGAAAGAUAUAAAGAUGGCUGCUGCUGAUGCCGCUCAGAACGAUUGAAC